AUGACAGCCCUGCGAGGGGAGUGGCGGCGGCGGCGGCGGCGGCGGGUCAUAGUACUGCAGCGGCAGGAGGAAGGGCCGGGCUGCUCCCCUCCCCACCCCCCUGAGGGAGAGGCGGCGGCGGCCCGCCCCUUCGUGCCCCCCACCUCGCCGCCCUUCAGCCUCCCUCUAGCUGGCAAGAACCACAGCCACCCUCGUCCCCCUCACGGAGGGAAAAUGAGCAACAACCUGGCGGCGGCGGCGCCCCCCCCCCUCCCGCGUGCCAGCCACCCCAUCUCGCAGCAUUCCUCAAAACCAUUGACUUUUUACCGCUGCUCCAUCGCGCCACGCGAAGGUGCCUCAGCCUGA